CCUCCCUGACUUCCUUGUCCUGAUCCGGAGCAUUGGGGGAAGUGAAAGCCCACUUGGCCCUGAGAGGAGCUCUCCGCGUCCUGUGUGUGCUCCUGAGUGUCUAGCGAGCACCAUGCAGCCCCUCACCCUGCUGUGGGGCUGUCUCCUGAUCCCAGGUUGUAGAGCCCUGAUGGGCCCGAAGGAGAUCAGAGGAUUUGAAGGUGACACUGUAUCUCUGCAGUGCAUCUAUAAGGAGGAACUGAGGACAUACAAAAAAUAUUGGUGCAGGAGGAGAGGGUUCCUUUUCUCCCGCUGCUCUGGUGCUAUCUAUGUGGAAGGAGAUGGCCAGGAGAGGACGGAGGGCAGGGUGUCCAUCCAAGACAGACCCCAGGAGCUCACACUCAAAGUGACCCUGAGGAACCUCACUCUGCAAGACGCUGGGAAUUAUUUCUGUGGGGUCAAAAAAUUGGGCCCUGAUGAGACUUUCAUGGUCUCUCUUCUCAUCUUUCCAGGUCCCUGCUGUCCUCCCUCCCCAGCUCCCUCCUUUCAGCCUCUUGCUACAACCAGCCUCCAGCCCAAGGCAAAAGCUUGGCAAACUCAGCCCCCAGGAUUGACUUCUCCUGGUCUCCACGCAACAGUCACCACAGCGCAGCAGGGGAAGACAGGGGCCGAGGCCUCUCCAUUCGCAGGGACCUCCCUGCACUGGCACGCAGGGACCUCCCCGCACAUAGGAACCUCUCCAUCUGCAGAGACCUCUCCUCAUGAAGCAAACUCUCCUCAUGCAGGGACCUCCCGUCCAGCCUCACCGCUGGACCCCACCUCAGCAGGAGACGCCGGUGUUGUCCCCAGCAGCAGCUCCAAGUCCAGGGUGCAUGUCCCAAUGAUCCGAAUCUUGGCCCCAGUCCUGGUGCUGCUGACCCUUCUGCUGGCCGCAGGCCUGGCUGCCCUUGGCAGCUGCGUGUUCCGGUGGAGGAAGGAAGCUCAACUGGCCACAGAGGCACAGAGGAACAAGAAGGUCCAACUCUCACACUUGAAUCAGAAAUAGAGGCUCAGAGAGGAUAAGUAACUUGCCAACAGCGACCCAGCCCUAAAGAGGCAGAAUGAAAACCAGCUGAGGUCCGUGGGACUGACUCAAUGCCCUGGGCUUCCUCCACCUCUCCACACUGAAAUACAAGGGGUCUGAGGAAUGGAGCCUACUCUUCGGCUCAGGAUUCUUCUCCCAGACUCAGGAGAAAGAGCCAUCCUCAGUCCAUGAACGUGGGGCGGCCGUGGCCCCUGAGUCCCGGUAUAGCCCAAGUGGGAGUGCUGGGCUUACAUCAGGACUUGACUCUCGCUUCCCAAAGCUUCCUUGCUUCUCUGCUACUAUUUUUCUAUUGCCAAGAAGCAGAGGCGCUCGGGUAUACCUUGUAUAUUCAACCACCCAGAAUAUGCCUCUGCACCACCUGAAACAGGCCAAUUAUCCGCGUGGGCAGAGGGACCAAUGAGAAAUGUAUAUUGGACACAGGGUAGUAGUUCUGGCCACUGCCUAUGUGUGUGGUUUGCUCUCUGCCCCAUGAGGGUCUUGGCUUAAAUUCAGUCAUCCUUGAGUAGGUGACACUUCUGUGGCUGCUGGAGGCCAGUGGUCAGCAGUGGCUGGGUUUUGUCCAAAUCACAAACCUGCAAAUAUGGGAUUCAUGGGAAAUGGAUCUCAUGUCAGGGGCGCUCUGGGCUAGCCCCAGCUCUGGCACGUCCUUACCACAGCCUGGCUGGGAGAGAGAGUGGCCAUGAGUGACAGCAUUUGUGAAAUAUCCUUCCCCCUUCCCUAGUCCCUCGGCUCCUCAUCCACCAAGUGACAGCUCACAAAGGAAUGACUCCAACAGCCACCUCUGCCCCCAUCCCCUGCAGCCAGGGAACUGACAGAAGCAGGGGUCCAGCUGGUAGACAAGGG